AUGGCAUCGAUCGUGCGCCCCUCAGCCUCAGCGCUGAGACACAUCUGCCGCGCCCUGUCACAUCCCGCACCCAAUGCUGCCCUCUAUUCGACCAGGGCCACCUCAUCCUCGCUUUUGAGAAUUGCUUCAACACUGAGGCCUGUCCAGGCGAAGAAGAGAGAUGUUGCAGUGAACGUUGCCGGCUUCCAUGCGACGAGCAGCAGGAAUAUUCUUCCCCCGCUUCCUCAGACUAUCAAAGGAACGAUGAACGAUGCUGUGCCAACUCCCCCUACCUCUCCCUCCCACGGAAGCUAUCACUGGACGUUCGAAAGAAUUAUUGCUGCGUCCCUCAUCCCACUAACCAUCGCUCCCUUCGCUGGUGGAUCCCUCAACCCGGUCAUGGACGCUGUAUUCUGCGGUACCAUCCUUAUGCAUUCACAUAUUGGUUUCCAGGCUUGUAUCAUCGAUUAUUUCCCCCAAGCCCGCGUGCCUAAGACCAGGAAGGCAUUCGAGUGGCUGCUUCGCAUUAUGACCCUGACAACUGCAGUUGGCCUAUACGAGUUCGAGACGAACGAUGUUGGUUUGACUGAGGCUAUCAAGCGGAGCUGGAAGGCAUGA